CUGUAUGCAAAUCAAAGAGCACAUUCUUAGUGCAUACCACUGGAAUAUCAGCUAUUCCUCAAGUUUAUGGCUCCCUCUCAUGACCGGUGGGGGCCUGGCAGAAAGCAACAGGCCUUCUCUCUUUCUUUUCCUUUUUUUCCAACUCUUCCUGCCCAACAUCCAAGUGACAGCUGACUGGCUGAGACGUAAUUGGUCUCAAGUGAGGUCAGCAGGAGGCAUUUAUCUAAGCACACUGCAUAACAAUAGGGCGAAGAUGCAUGGAGCAAUCCUCCCAGAGUUCACACGAGCCACCGCACCACUCCACAGACCCAGCAGAGGCUUUGCGCAGCAGGCAGCGACCGCCGUCACAGCCAGGAGACUUUUAGGGAGACAGAUUGGGAGAGAGGACUAUCUGAUUUAACGGCAGACACCUCAUAAAUCUUUGGAAUCCACAUGAAAAUUACCCCAAGAAAUAAUGUCACAGGAUUGUGUUUUUCAGCAACACCUGGAGAUAAUGAAGAAACACUGGCUUGACGCUGAGUGAAUUUCCCACGAGUGAAUUCCCCAUAUUUCCUCCCCUCAGAGGACCCCUGUUGUGUGGGGGAGACGCCAGGUCAGGGACCUCGUGGCCACACAUUACACCAGCGAGGACAUUUCAGUAUGGUGUUCAUGAAUCCCACCAGCAUUGCAUUAUAAUGCGCAUAUGGAUGCUGACAUGGAACCUGCCAAAUCUGCUCUUUGGACUGUACUUGCACAUCAUCAUCCUAGUGGGCAGUGUGUCGUUGGCUUGCAGUGAUAGGACCCCAGAGCAACUGGCUGCAAUUAUGAACUGUUCCAAACAUGAACGGCACACCAGAAACUAUGACUACAUGGAGGGAGGAGAUGUGCGGAUCCGGAGACUCUUCAGCGGAACUCAGUGGUUUCUCACCAUCGAUGAUUCUGGCAUCAUCAGCGGAACACAAGACCCCACCAACUGCUACAGUAUUCUAGAAAUCCGCACGGUCUCAGAAGGUGGCGUGCUAGCAAUCAAAGGUGUGAAGAGCAAGUACUACAUAUCUAUGAAUCGGACUGGAGUGCUGCGCGGCAAGAAAGAGUACAAUGAAAGCUGCAACUUCAAGGAGGUGUUCCUAGAAAACUUCUACACGGCAUAUUCUUCAGCCAAGUGGACUAGGCCGAACGGCACAGAGAUGUUCAUAGCACUGUCACAGCGGGGGAAGCCCCUGCGAGGCCGGAAGACACGCAAGGAGCACAUAGCAAGUCACUUCUUACCCAGAGAGUGCAAAGAGGACGACAAACAAGUGGACUGAUAGCUGAACCGUCCUGUGCUGAGGAGGACUCAGAGACAGCCUUUGCUGCUCCAGUUUGUAAAAAAAAAUAACCAGACGUCAUUUCCAUCCUGAACAACAUUAGUAAGAAUACAGGACAUCAUUCAACACAUACUGGCUGUUGUUUUGUUGCUGGAAACAAAAAGAAGGCCAACUUCUUAAUAUAUUAAUUGACAUAUUACAACAUGAAUUGUAUUUCCUCUGUAGGUUUUUGAAUGUAUAAUAUUUAUUACAUUUAUAACAGAGCCUACAUAAAAAUAAUGCAAAGUUAUUUUUUUCACCAGCUAGCAAGCCAAAAUAAUUGUAAUUAAUUGUAGAGUAUGCAAAACAUCAAGGCUGUAGGCAUUACAAAAUACUUCUUUCCAAUGUUUUAAUUGUGAGAGAAAGCAAAACAGUAUAUUAUUAUUAUUAUUACUAUUAUUUCAUACUAAGCAUAAAUGAAAUGAGAUGCAUAUAGCGUUAAUCUGUGUAUUUACAUAUAUUCAGAAUUCCACAUUACUGUCAAUUCAGUGUGUAACAAGUAGCUCACUUUCCUUUGUCUUUUGGGUUGCAUUUACUAUGUUGAAAUGCAAUUAGCUCAUACUGAGUAGCAUACUUACAAACAUUUGAGAAACUGAAAUGAGUCAAGUUGUUUUUGAGUAAUUUAGUAGGAAUACUGUUAAAGAAAGCAAGCUGGAUUUGCCUUGUACAGUAUUUGCAGACAUGUGUGUUUCAAAGCAGGACCCGUUUGACAAUAGCACAUAGCAAUAGCAUGAAAUGUUUUAUGUUAAUAUCUGGAUGUUUAAAAUUAAUCUAUGUAAUCAUAUAUCUGAUAGUUCAUCAAAUACUUUCAGUUUAAUUCAUAUUAAAUAGCUGCUCCAUAACUGCCUACUUGCUGUUUAGGGUCAAAAUGUACGGUGUCGAGCAUUUAAAGCUGCUGGUAAACUAAUAACCCUUUGACAGAUUUUGUGAGUAUGUGAAUGUUCUUUUCCUUGAGACCGGAUCUGUUUCUGCAAACCAUGACCCUCCUUGUCAGCUUCUUCUAGUCCCAAGCUCUCUAGCCUGCUGUUCCUUCAGUGGUGAUUUUAUUCCUAACCCUUUGUUUUAGACAUUCCAUAUUCUAGCCAAUACUGAUUUCAUGGAAAUUCCAAAGCAUACAAAUGAUAAUAUACCCUAAAAUACCCUCAUUUUACUGUGCUACAACUUAAGCCAUUGAUGAGUUAGAGCUAACCGAAUAACACACGCAAGGACUUGUUUCAGUCCCUCAAUCACACUUACAUACAUUUGGCUUGGGGAUCAAGGCAUAAGCGUAAACAUAAUCCAAGUUACCCUGACUGCAAAAUGAAUACUGUUGUGGCAAGGGUUUGGAAAGAUUCAAACCUAAAAAUAUAUCAAAUAUUCAAAAAUGACAGAUAUGAAAUCUGAGUCGACCCAAUGUCUAUUUCACUUCUAUUAGGAAUCAGACAAAUGUAUUGAGUAUUUACGCCAUGAAAAUACUGCCUAAAGUCAUCUCAUUUUAAACAAUUCUUCUUGGUACUCCUCAUUGUUCAGUGUUAUUUAUGUUAUUUAUAGAGACUGUGUGGAAUUCUGGAUGUUGUAGGAAGUGUUUUAUUCUUUGAUACUGUGUUUUGCUGUGACUCUCCACAACUCACCAAAAUGUAGGCACUCUCCCAGUACAGUCGAGCCAUUCAACACAACAAACACCAAAUGACCCAAACAUGGAGCCAAACUGGGACAUCAACGGAACCACAUCCUCAUUCUGCCACAGCCAAUGAACCAUCUCAACCCGGACUUUUAGCAGACUCGCCUUUUGGACUGUAGCAAAAUAAAACUAUAAUCUGCCAACACACCAUAACAACUGUUGAAGUAGGAUAUUUUGAAGUUGUAUGUUUUUUUUUUCUUGCUGCUGCUGUCAUUUAGAGAAUAAACACAGUCUGAUGUGAUUCUAUAUUUUUUUUAAAACAAUUAUUAUAAAAUAUCUAAACUUUAA